AAAAAAAAAAUUGUUUAGAGAAGAAGGGGUAAUUGGGUAAAUGCAAGCAUCGUGAUAAAACAUUUAAACCAAAAUAUAGCCGUUAUAAUUCAUUUCAUUCAUUACACACAGUGACUAUUGUGUCGUUUCGUUUAGAAGAAAAAAAGUGUGAAAUAGUGAAAAUGAAAAUGAGAGAGAAAUCAAAAUGCGACUACGAAGCUCUCAGAAACGCUCGCAUGUUACAAAACAAGGUUCGAUUGGAAUCUCUUGGUAUUUUGAAUAAAGUUUCGAAGCUUCGAGAAGCUUCUAUUCAAACCAAAAAGCAUCGUGCAUCUGUCAAAAGAGUCUACGGUCUCACUCCCCUGCGCCGCUCACAGAGAAUCAAGGACGUUGCUGCCACCGGCACCACUUCCGCCGCCGUCACCGACGACAACCUUCUGCUGCGCCGAUCUCAUCGUUUGAAAAUUUGUUACCCUAGCAACGCUGUUACACCAAAACAAGAGAAGGUAACUACAGAAGAAGGGGAAGAAGAGAAGAAGAGAUGGAUUGUAACUACUGAUAAUGGAGAAGAAGAGAAUAGGCCUGCCAAUGCACCUCUCAUUGAACUGAAUCGGAAGGAUGUAGAGCUUCUUAUUUCAGCCGCAUGUUCUGCCCGGCGCUGCGAUAGCAAGGGUAGAGGCAGUGUCUACAAUCCAGUUUUGGGGAUAUGCUGCCAUUUUUGCAGGCAAAAGAAAUUGUGUGGGGAAGAAGACUGCAAAAGAUGUGGGAAUUGUGAUGUGGAUGAACCUUGUUUAGGAAAGACUGAUUGUUCAGUGUGCCACUCAAGCCAUGGUGUCUUUUGUAGAGCCUGCCUCAAGGUUCGAUAUGGUGAAGAAAUUGAGGUGGUAAGAGAGAACAAGGGAUGGAUGUGCCCACAUUGCAUAGAAGAGAAAGGAAUAAAACCUUACUGGAUAUGUAACAGCUCAAUAUGCCUACGGAAACGGAAGAUGCCCCCAACUGGGAUCGCAAUACACAAAGCUAAGGAAAUGGGAUAUGAAUCAGUAGCACAUCUACUAAUGGAAGAACUUAAACGUGAAAACAAGCACCAAAGAUAAAAGGUUGACAUGUAAGAACAGCUUGCAAUCUGUAGUUAUUUUCUAAUUUUCUAACUUGGUAUAAUUUGCUAAUUAAUAUUGAAGCUCAAAGUUAGACUUCUUAUGGCACUGAUUUAUUUUGCCUUUAUGAAGAACAAUUAUCAUUGAUGUAUAUGUAACUCCAAUAGUUUUAGAUGCAAGUAAGCUGACCAGAGUGAUUUGAUCUUGAA